CCUAAACCUUAAACCCUAACACUAAACCCUUAAAAAUAAAAAAACAAAAUCCUACACUUUUAAAGAAACAAAUAAAACCUAACCCUAAACCCUAACAAACCCUAACCCUAAACCCUUUAAAAGAAUAAAAAAAAUAAAAACACUUACACUUUCUAAAAAAAAACUAAAACCCUACAUAAAAUAAUCCUACACUUUCAAAACAAACCAUAACCCUAACCCUAAACCCUUAAAAAUAAAAAAUGAAAUAUAUUUGUACACGUUUAUACUGUAAGCCGUAUGAUUUGUCUUGUCCUCUUAACCCUAUACAGAUAAACAUGGACAAGUCUUGGAUGUCAACACCUAGGGGUACGACACGGUAUAACGAUGGGUGUAGGGCGUUUGUGGCAUUUGCCGUUAGUAAUUGUACGGCCGGCGAUGGAAAAAUUUACUGCCCAUGCAAGUAUUGUCGAAAUAACCAGCGUCACACUCCUGAGUACGUUCUUGCCCACCUGACUGGAGGUCGGGGGAUGAAUCUGGGAUACAAUUUGUGGUAUAUGCACGGUGAGACUACGACUGGUUCCGCUAUUCCUGGUCAGUGUUCGAGUCAUCACAGUGGCACAGAGGCCGCUGACCGUAGCACUGAACAUGGUGAUCAUGUCACAGAACAGGAGGGUGUCGCCGUGGAACAGGAUGAUAACAUGCACGCCAUGUUGCGUGACGCCUUCGGCGUGCACGAUGUUCCUGAAGGGGUCAGUACUCUUCCGCAACAAGUUGAUGAAGAUACCUCGUGCGGGGACGCAUUGAAGUACCAAGAGCUGUUAAAGACUGCCGAGAAGCCCCUUCACCCUGGUACGAAGCACAGUAAAUUGAGUGCUACUGUACACAUGUACAACUUGAAGUGCGUUGGAGGUAUUAGUAACAAGAUAUUUUCAGACAUUCUCGAAUUCAUCAAUCAGUUGUUGCCUCCUUGCGAUGAGGCAUUGCCAGAUAACACGUAUGAGGCGAAAAAGUUCCUAAGUGGCAUGGGUCUGGGGUAUGAGAAGAUUCCGGCGUGCCGUAAUGACUGUAUGUUAUUCUGGAAAGACAAUAAAGAAUUAGAUUCAUGUACCGUAUGUAGAGAGUCUAAGUGGAGGGCUGAUACACAUGUAGAUGAUGAUGGUGAGAUCAUAUCAGCGAGAAAAAAACGCCCGGUGAAGAUCUUGAGGUGGUUUCCACUCAUCCCACGGUUGCAGAGGUUAUUCAUGUCUGAGCAUACUGCGCCCCAUAUGAGAUGGCAUGCAGAAGGCCGCACUAGGGAUGGCGUAUUGAGGCACCCGGCCGACGGUGAGGCAUGGAGAUCGUUUGACAUUUUACACCCAGAUUUUAUGGCAGAGAGUAGGAACGUCCGGCUUGGUUUGACAGCAGAUGGAUUUAAUCCAUUUGGGAACAUGAGCACAUCCCACAGCACAUGGCCCGUAAUGCUUGUGCCGUACAAUUUGCCACCUUGGAUGUGCAUGAAACAGUCGUCCUUCAUCCUUUCCAUGGUUAUCCCUGGACCGAGCUCACCAGGUAUGGAUAUUGAUGUUUACCUUCAGCCAUUGAUUGAUGAGUUGCUGGAACUGUGGAAUGUAGGGGUACGAACAUUCGAUGCUUCAAAGAAGGAAAAUUUUAUUAUGCGAUCUCAGUUGAUGUGGACGAUAAACGACUUUCCAGCGUAUGCAGAUUUAUCUGGUUGGCCUAACAGGGGUGCGAAGGCAUGUCCUUGCUGUAUGCAAUCGACGCGUUCUAUACGCUUAAAGAACGGAUGCAAAUUUUGCUAUAUGGGGCACAGGAGAUAUCUGCCGCCUGAACAUCUGUGGCGGCUUAACAGGAGGACAUUUGACGGUACUGAAGAAUUUGACAGCGCCCCGAUUGUGCCAUGCGGAUACGAGGUUCUCCAACAGUUGGACGGAGUUGCGUUUGGGGAUGAGACCGCGGGUAAGAAGAAGAAACGGAAGAAGCGGAAGAAGGGUGCAGGGAGUUCCGAUGUUAUAUGGAAGAAGAAAAGUAUAUUUUUCAGAUUGCCGUAUUGGGAAGACAAUUUGCUUCGGCACAAUCUUGAUGUUAUGCACAUAGAGAAAAAUGUCAUGGACAAUAUACUUGGCACUAUUUUGGAUAUAAAAGGGAAAACGAAGGACAACUUGGCAGCUCGGCUGGACUUGCAGGAAAUGGGGUUGAGACCUAAGUUGCAUCCGUUCACGGCCGCCAAUGGUAAAAUGUAUAUUCCCGCUGCCUGUCACACCAUGACUAGAGAGGACAAAGAAAGUUUUCUGAAGGUUCUUCGAAAUGUGAGGGUCCCGGACGGAUACGCCUCGAACAUUUCACGAUGUGUUCGGCUGAAGGACCGUACAAUUUCCGGGUUGAAGAGCCACGAUAGCCACAUACUGAUGCAACAGCUUCUUCCAAUUGCACUGCGUAAGUCAUUGCCUAAUAAAGUUGUUAGACCUCUUGUGGAGAUUUCGGCAUUUUUUAGAGGCAUAUGCUCAACAAAGCUAUCACAAGAAGAUAUGGACCGACUGCAGGGUGACGUCUGUAUCACUUUGUGCAAACUAGAACAGAUAUUCCCUCCAGGGUUUUUUACGAGCAUGGUCCACUUGGUCGUGCAUCUUGUGCGCGAGUGUAGACUCGGCGGACCCGUGCAGUAUAGAUGGAUGUACCCGGCGGAGAGGAGUCUGGGGCAUUUCAAGUCUACUGUGCGCAAUAAAGCGGCUCCUGAGGGGUGCAUUGCGGAGGGGUACAUAGCGACCGAGCUGGUAACGUUCUGUUCAAGGUAUCUGAAUAACGCACCAACAUUCCACAACAGACCUCAGAGGAAUCCUGAUGGAUCCAAGGGGGCGGGCACGCGUGUUACCCUGAACCGGUUGAUAAUGCACCAGAUUCAUCGUUAUAUUGUGUUCAACUCUGAAGAGUUUCACAAUUUGCGGACGAUGCACAAAGACGCGCUUAGGCGAUCAUGCACUAGAGGUCGCAUUACGGAGGCUCUUAUUGAAGCAGAACAUCAUGAGCAGUUCUGCGAAUGGUACCCUGCAUAUGUAAGGAAAUAGUUGUAAUUUUUAAGUUGGAUAAAGUUAUGCGGGUUCAAUAUAAUUACCCAAUACACGUGUUUAAUAUUUGUAAUUAUAACAUAGGUCGAUGGCCUUGACGAUCAACGUAGGGAGGAAUUGGGCCACAACUUGGUUAUGCGUUGUAGAGGGCUGAAGGAGACAGCGGUCAAGUACAACAGGUACGUGGUAAAUGGGAAAU